UCCUGUUAACUUCCUCUCAAAUGUGGACACUGGCUGUUGCUUUUCCAGCAUCAACGUGUGAACAACAAGCACCCACAAGCAGCAAUGUGACCAGAGAAUCUGUUUCUUCAUGGUGUUAAUUGAUGAAUUCACCAGGACACCAAAAGGAUUGCACCAUACUACACCAGAGAAUACAGAGAGGAUAGACAUCGCAGAAAGAUCCUGACCAUCACUCAAGGAACAACAACACAACUGUGGGAGGACAUCCAGUCCCUUUGCAGCAUUGCUCAACACGGAGAAGGUUAGGCAGUGAAAACAUCAUCUGGAAAUCAGUCUGGUCAGGGGAGCUUUGACAUCUCACCAGUUCUGAAACUGAUCAGUGGUGUGGAGCCUUCCAUCAGAACCAAUCUUUCUGAAGGUUCGGCAGUGGGUGAUCGGUCAGGGUGAGGCUGGGAAGACGUGUGAGUGGCUCCAAGUGUGGUGAGAGUUUCAAUCAUUCAUCAAGCCUCAUGAACCACUGACUCAUUUCUAUAGGAGAGCGACUGUUCAAGUGUGAAGUGUGUGAGGAGGGCUCUACAGCUAUUCACAUUCUCCUCACAUUUGGUGCAUUUGUGAAAAAUACUGUCAACACGACUGGCACAUGGAAGAGAAACCAUUCAAGUGUCAAAUUUGUGAUAAAACUUUUGUGAAACUGUACACCCUUCAAAUACACCAGAGAGUUCACACUGGAGAAAAAUCCUUCAAGUGUGAAGUCUGUGACCGAGCCUUUGCACACUCAUCAACACUAGUAAAUCACCGACGUAUUCACACAGGGGAGAAGCCGUUCAAGUGUGACGUGUGCAAUAAAUCCUUUUCUAAGUCAUGGAGCCUUCUCAUGCAUCAACCCAUUCACACAGGAGAGAAGCCAUUUACGUGUGAGGUAUGUGACAAAGCCUUCUCCAAGUCAUCAGCUCUCCGUCUACACCAACGUACUCACACAGGGGAGAAACCAUUCACAUGCACGAUAUGUGACAAGUCAUUCUCACAGUUGCCAAACCUCCACACACACCAACGCAGUCACACAGGAGAGAAACCAUUCAUCUGUGAGGUGUGUGACAAAUCAUUCUCUCAGUCUUCACACCUCCGUGUACACCAACGCAUUCACACUGGUGAGAAACCAUUCACGUGUGCUGUGUGCAACCAGUCUUUUUCACGGUCAUCGACCCUGCUUGACCAUCAACGCAGUCACACAGGAGAGAAACCAUACACGUGUGGAUUGUGUAACAAAUCAUUCUCACGGCCAACACACCUCCUUGAACACCAAUACAUUCACACAGGGGAGAAACCUUACACAUGUGAGGUGUGUGACAAAUCGUUCUCGGAUUCAUCGACUCUCCGUACCCACCGACGAAUUCACACAGGCGAGAAACCAUUCACCUGUGAGGUGUGCAACAAAUCAUUUUCUGAGUUAUCAAAACUCAGGAGACACCAGAGGAUUCACACAGGUGAGAAACCAUUCAGGUGUGAGGUUUGUGAGAAGGCCUUCACCCAAUCCUCCACUUUCCAGAGGCACCAGAGGAUUCACACUGGGGAGAAACGCUUCCAAUGUGAGGUUUGUAACAAAGCUUUCACACGCUUAUCAAACCUAAUCAUCCAUCAGAAGAUCCAUAAUGGAGAGAAAGUCUUGGAGUGUGAAGUUUCAGCAAAGCUUUCGUGACAUGUCACAGCCUUUUGUUUUACUGGAGAAUUCACGGGGGAGAACUCAUUUAAGGGCUUUAAUUUGUGAGAAGGUUUUAAUUCACUCCUUCAAUCUCCUGAUAGGCCAGCACAUUUACGCAGAGGAGAAACCAUGAACAUGUUUGACAAAUGGGUGACAAAUCAUUCUUGAAUUUAAUGCAUGCUCCAUUAUAUUGACACAAGGGAGCAACUGGUCAGUGUGAGACAAAGCCCUUCACCAGGUAAAGGAGCCUCCUACACUAACAAACAAUUGAGACUGGAGAGACUCUUCCACUGGAGAGUGUGUCCGGAUUUUCCCUUCUAUGAACAAGAGGAAAAUACCUCAAUAGUUUAUGUGGCAAAGUUUAUCUUCCUUUUUGAAAAUAUUUAUGAUUAUCACAUUCACAAAGUCAGGCAAAGUUAAUUUGCUUCCCAAAUCUGCAUGAUAAGUCUAAAUUUUGCAAAAGCCUUCCAGUUUUGAAGGCCUGAGCAUUUAGACCACUGGGGCCACAGGUUUUGUUGUUUCUCAUCUUUUUAUUUGCUUGUUGCUGCUGUCUCAUUGGUGACUCACCCAAGGAUUCUACCACAGGGCACUAGGGGAUUGACUGGAGAGUUUCAGUUGUCCUGUGAAUUUAUAGUUGAGAAUUUGUUCAAAAUGCUGUCCAUAAUUUCGUAAAAAAAAAGAACCACCAUCCGGGAUUUUGAACAUUUGACCUUAGUCAGGACCUUGGCCCUGGUAACUUGAAAACCUUCAUAUAAUGAUGAUGAUGAUCAGCAUAGUAUUAGAUCUCAUGGGCUGCCUUCUUGAGUUGUGACCUUGGGUUAGUUUGCCCACCUCUGACAUGAUCUUUGUUGCCAGACAAAUCCAAGAAGGAUAUUGAGAACAGCAACAGAAAUUCUUCAUUAUAUAUCUCAUUGUGAACAAAGCACUUGACAGAGUAAAUCAAGGGGCUCUGUGGAUUGUAGUCCGUUGAUUUUGAAGUCCAAGGAACUUCAACACAAUCCUGCAAGCUUCAUGGUGAUAUGAUUGUCUUGAAUGGGAGAUCUGAAACAAAACCUGCAAAAUCCAGACCUAUGUCAAACAUGGUUGUGUGAUAGCCCCCACUCUAUUUAUAGUCAACCUGACAGUGACCAUUACCUCCUCAAAGAUCAAUUGCCCUCUGGUCAGUUUUAACUAUCAUCUUCAAAGUCUGUGAGAAGACACGGAAUGAGGACAUGCCGCAACCCAAAGGACUAGCCACACUACCAUACAUCAAGA